AUGAAAAGAAAAUACAUCAAAUUAAAACAUAAGAGGAACAACAAAGAUAAUCAAGAAUCAAAUAAUAAUAAGAAUAUGAAAAAUAAUUAUAAAAUUUAAAGAAAUCUUAAUCAUAAAUAUCAAAUGAUAGUUCAAUAAUUAAAAAUGAUAGUUAUUAUUUUUAAAUAGGAAUAAUCACUCAAUAGAGAUGAUAGUUAGGAGAUUAUUAAAGUAAUUAAUAUCCAUAUUAUAGUCUUAAGGUGGUUUAAGAUCCUUGAUGUAAAAAUCAAAAGAAAGAGAUUAAAAAUUUUCAACUUCUCAGUCUAAAUAAAAUUUAAAUCUUUCAAAUUAAUAAAAGAAAUAACAAUAUUAACCGUAUAAGGAACAAUUAGGUCAAUUUAAGAAUUAAAAUGUAGCUACAGGAGGUAGAAAAUCUAGAAGUAUAAAAUUUAAAUAUAUAUUUAUUAACUAGCUAGAUGAGAAAUUUAGCAUAGCAAUAAAAAUAUUAAUAGGAUCAAAAUGCUGAAGAAAUAGUUUAUUAAUUAGAUGAAGAUGGGUAUCUUAUGGAUGAAAAUGGAAAUUAUUUAUUGGAUGAGAAAGGAAAUUAUAUUUAAAUAUCUGAUAAGGAUUUGGAAGAAUUAAAGAAAUAGAACUUAGUUAUUGAGUAGGAAUGA